AUGUUAGCAACAUGUAGUACUAUUUUACAAUUAUGGAAUAGUCAAGAUUAUUCACUUGUUAAUGAAUUUGGUCAUGAUCAUGUUCCAUCAACAGAUACAGUCAAAUCAGUCGAUUGGAAAAAGGAUAAUUCAAAUUAUCUCGUAUUUACAUAUCGACAAACAGGACGUGUUCAAUUAUAUGAUAUUCAAAAAAAUAAAUCAGUCGAACUUUCAACGACAAAAGCUCAAUGGUGUUCAUUUAGUACAUCGGGAAAAUAUCUUGGAAUAACUAAUGAAGAUUGUCAAACACAAAUUUGGGAUGUCAAUUCAGGAAGAAUUUCACAAACAUUCAAUAGCGUCGAUCAAUCACCAAUGGAAUGUAUUUGUUGGGGCAAUGGAGAUUCAUAUGUGGCUUGUGGAACACGAAAAGGAAAUGUUUUUCUUUAUAAUCAAUUAACAAAACAAAGUUUUUCUGCAUUUACAACAAAACAUGGAAAUAAAUUAGGCGCAAUUUCAUCGAUAAAAUGGUCUCCACAUAAAGAAUUACUUGGUACAACAUCGAAUGAUGGUUUAUUAUCCUUAUGGAAUUAUCGUUUAAAAGAAUUAAUUAUUUCAAUUCAUUCACAUAAAGCUCCAGCAACUGAUUUAGCAUUUUCUCCUCAUCAUGAUGCAUUUCUUGUCACAUCAGGAAUGGAUGGAUCACUUUGUUGCUUCGAUGUUGUUCAACAAAAGGUUUUAUCAACAAUAAGUAUUUAUGCUCCAUUAACCAGUGUUGAUUUUCAUCCAAAUGGUUCAUUAGUUGCUGUUGGAACAAUGGGACAAAAUGCAUCUGUUUAUGAUUUACGUGAUCCAAAGAAUAAAUUAGCACAUUUAGUUAAUGCAGAUCAUGGAAAUGUUUAUUCUGUUCGAUUCGAAACAUCACAAUCAUCUACUCUUCAAAGACCAACAACACUUUCACAAGAGACAAGCAAAGGAAUGAGUACAUUUGCUCAACAAACAACACGUUCUCGUCAUACAUCAUCUUCCUCUAUUCAAUCACCAACAACAACGAUCGAUUCAGUGACAACAAAUCGAUCGUAUGGGACACAACCACGAACAGGACAAUCGCGUGAACGAACACUUUCUUCACUUUCAACGACAACAACGAAAUCAAAUACACCAACAAUUACAUCGAACAAUACAACUAUCAAUGAUCAAAGUUCAUCAUCACCACGACAACAUCGUAAUGAUCGUUCUGAGCCAAUAUCAACUUCAAGUGGAAAUACGAAUGAUUGUAUGAGUUUUGAAGAUUUCGCUCAAUUGUGUGGCGUUUCUUCGCGCACUCCAAUUGAGAAUGGUCACAAACAAGAUAGAACAAAUGAAAUGAGCGAAUCAUUAAAAACUUUGUUGGAUAAUCGAGUUAAUUGUUUACGAGAAGAUUUCAAAGAUGAUCUUGCUCAAACUAAACUUUCAAUGCAAAUGAAUUUCAUCGUUGAAUUAGAAAAACUUCGAAAUGAUUUAAUGAAACAAAUUGAAUCACAUUCGUUGAACGCACAAUUAAUCGAUGAAAUCGAACGACUUCGAGCGGAAAAUAAGCGCUUACGCCAACUACAACCUCGAAUCUAA